AUGUCAAACACAAUCAUACAAUUGCUUGCUUCUGAAAAAUUUAAUGGAGAGGGUUAUUCAAAGUGGAAGUCAAACAUCAAUACAAUAUUAGUAGUCGACGAUUUGAGGUUUGUGUUGACGAAGGAGUGUCUUCUAGUUCCCAGUUCAACGGCUACCCAAAAUGUUCGGGACGUCUAUGAUACGUGGGUGAAAGCGAACGAGAAAUCCCGAGCGUAUAUAUUGGCGAGUGUAUCUAAUGUACUCAACAAGAAACAUGAGGUCAUGCCCACAACCCGUAAGAUUAUGGCAUCAUUACAGGAGAUCUUCGAGCAACCGUUAUCAUCUAUUAGACAUGAAGCCAUCAAAUAUGUGUAUGUGACUCACAUGAAAGAUGGGACCAACGUAAGAGAAUACGUUCUCGACAUGAUGGUCCAUUUUAACAUUGUAGAGGCUCACGGGGCAAUGAUAGACGAGACAUGUCAAGUGAGCAUGUUACAGGACAAAUGCUGUCAUGAACAAAAACACUUAUAA